CGCAGCGCAGGAGCGCUGGCACUGGUGUUGGCCCACUUUUCUGCUGGGUAAGUGGGUUGGAGAACCUCAGUGACCCGCAGAGCUCUGUCUGCGGGGCUCCGGGACUCGGGUGUGGACGGAACCGGGCUGUUUGGGACGGGAUGAGAAGCUUAAAGGCAGAGAUUUUGGAUUAAACUGGCUGAGAGCGCGCGGGUUGAAAUGUCCAGGCAGAGGUCGGUGCUGGCGCUGGGGAGGUGUCUGGCCUGUCUGGAGUUUAUGUUGUUUCCGGUGUGGCGGGGGAUCGGGACCAGUAACGGAGCCGGGUGGACCCAGGGCUGGGGCCGCUGCUUGAGAUGGGACUCGGAGAGUCCGAACCGGGGGACCAGGUUCCUGGUGUUCGACUACCCGGUCUGGCUGGUCCUGUGUCGGCGUGGGCGCGCCCGGCUCAGGGAGGUGUGUCAGAGAGGGAGGGGUGCCAUCAGGCUGCCCACAGACAUGCUGAGCAUCAAACUGCCACAGGUCUUUGAGAUCCAUCAGAUCCCCAAGGUGUUCAGGGAGGACAGCAUCAUCUCUGGGUACCGUCACCCCUGCAGCUCAGCGCUGGACUGCGUCCUCAGCAGCUUCCAUCUGAACAACGAGACGGUCAACAUCUGGACCCACUUCCUGCCCACGUGGUACUUUGUGUGGUGUUUCUGCGCUCUCUGCUCCAAGAUGAACUUCCUGAACGACAGCUACACCUGGCCUCUGCUGGUCUACAUGCUGCUCAUCUGUAUUUACCCCUUCACCUCCAGCUGUGCUCACACCUUCAGCACCAUGUCCCCCGAGUCCCGCCACAUCUGCUACUUCUUCGACUACGGAGCCCUCAGCCUCUACAGCCUGGGUUGUGCCAUCAGUUAUGGAUACUAUGUGAUGCCUGAGUGCUGGGUGAACAGCUGGCUCCAUCAGCACUUUGUCCUCAUCGCCAUCGGGAACACUCUGUUCUGCACCAGCAUGUCCUGCUACUCCAGAUUUGUGGAGUUGCAGUUUCCAAAGAGAAGCAAAGUCCUCCGAACCGGAGCGUUCGUGGUCCCGUUUAUAUUCGACACGGUUCCUCUGUUUUACAGGGUGGUCCUGUGGUUGUGGGGCAGCUGCAGUCAGAGCGACGCCCUCUCCAGUCAUUGUUACCACCUCCUCUUCGCCUUCCUCACCUGUUUUCUGUUUACGGCCCACCUCCCAGAGAGGCUGGCCCCGGGCCGCUUCGACUACAUCGGCCACAGCCAUCAGCUGUUCCACGUCUGCGCCGUGGUGGGCACACACUUCCAGAUGGAGGGCGUCAUCGCCGACAUGACGACGCGGCGGGCCUGGCUCCAGACCCACAGCGUGAUGCCGUCCUUCCUCGGGACCAUCGGGGCGCUGGCGGUCAGCCUCGCCCUCAACCUGGGCGUCAUCGCCAUCUUCAGCGCGCCGCUGCUAUGGAAACCUGGCCACGCCUCCAACCAGCAGCACACCUCAGCCUGCGAGAGCAAGGAGCAGUAAGGGAACAUUAACCCCCAAAAACAACAACAACAACAAAACAAACUGACUCACUUUCCACAGGAAAGACUGGGCUGUUGGACAGCUCAGUGCUGCUUUAACAGUUUGUGUUCACUCGGAGGCUGAGGACCCGCUCACACCAGGGCCUGGGAACCAAACACUUGUUUCCUGGUGACUUCUGUGCUUCUGGAAGGUUCUGGGUUGAAGGAAGCCUCUGACGUAACACAACAUGUUAUUAUCUCAGCCAGAGUCCUCCUCAGAGUUCUGAGGGUUUAUUAGAAAUGGACUCCUCGGUCCCUCCAGGUCAAAUAACGCAGAUUGGACCGUCGGCUCUGAAACAUUGUUGAUUCCUCUCUGCGCCGACGGCGUUGAUUUUCUGAGUUCUUUUUAUUUGAUUUUUUUAUUUGAUUUCUGAUUGCCAGCCUCAUUAUGAGCUGCACAAUCCGCUCUCGACAGGAGGGGGAAGGAAGUGUUCCAGUGAGGCCGGCGGUGAUUAAAACACAGGUACCACUUUUGUAACGUUGUGUUCCCAUGGCAGCGCCGUCCUCUACGAUGGGCGUUGGGGGCAAAUGGCUUCGUUCUUCUUGUUCCUGAGCAGAAAAACAACAAAUAAUGGCGUCUAACUUGACUUGAUGUGGACUCGGUCGUUUCCAGUGAAUUUUUAAAACUCUUUAAAAUUGAUGCGAUUUAAAAAAGAAACAAGAAUUUAUUUAAGGUUUGGGGUUUUAUAACAUUAAAAUACGUUUCAGAUGUGACUCCUGUUUACAUUAACCACUAAAUGAACAUAUUUGUAGCGUUGUAUAUUUAUUGCUUAUUUUAGCUGAAAAAUAAAGUGUUUUUUUAUUUUU